AUGAAGGGCGCGCAGGGCGAGCCGGGCAGCAAGGGCGAGCGCGGGGACCCCGGACUGCCUGGAACUGAUGGAAUACCCGGCCAGGAGGGGCCGAAGGGAGACAAAGGAUACAAGGGAGAACCCGGGCCGGCCGGCAAGCGCGGACGCAAGGGCGACAAGGGCGACCGCGGCGAGCAGGGCGUGCCCGGCCUCGACGCGCCCUGCCCGCUGGGGCCCGACGGCCUACCGUUGCCGGGCUGCGGCUGGCGACCUUCCAAGGAGGCGGCGCGCGAGGAGCGGCCCGGCGGCGGCGCGCGCGAGGACGAGGACGGCGAGGCGGAGGGCGAGGCGGAGGGCGAGGGCGAGGGCGACGACGCGGGCGAGUACGACGUGCGCGAGGACGAGCUCGACGCGCCGCGCGACUACGACGACUACACCGACAACGCGCACCACGAGCCCCACCGCGAC